GCUGGUGUUGAGAAUGGUCUAGCGCGGGUGUGCGCGCGCGGUGCUGCCUCGACGGCAUACAGUGCGGACGGUGGCUUUAGAUUCAAAGCUGCGGAAGAAAGGCCGCGAGCUCGGCCCUACUCCGAUGGCCUGAUAUACACUACAAAACGCGUAUAUGAAGCUACACUGCCCUGACUCGUCGAUGGGCGUGCGGGGGUGACUGGAGUGAUGGGAUGGGGCUAGAGCCCCAUGGAGUUCGGGUAGACCCGUCUCCGGCCCAACUCCCCAGCCCCCUCCGCCAUCGAUAUCGCCACAGCUCCUGCCAGCGUCGCAGAGGGCCGCCUCGAUCGCGAUGGAGGUCUCUAAUAAUCAACAACAGAAAAAGGAGCCACGCGUUCAUAGGCCUUACGCCUUCGACAAGAUGGAGGGGCUGGUGCGGGAGAUGCAAGACCCUGAGAACGGGGUACCCGUGCGCAGCCAAAAACAAUUUCUCACCUCAAUUCCCUCAGCUUUCAUGGGUGAGUGCCAUCGGUAUCUACGUUGUGGAGUAAACGUAAGCGGCCAUCACGGCCAGGACACUACAGUAGGGUGCCUGCAUGUUGCAGGUUACGAUCUCAUCGAGUGGCUGAUGGAGCGGCUUUCCAUCGAGGAAUCAGUAGAGGCGGUCCAUAUUGCCAAUCAGCUCUGCCAGUAUGGCUACUUCUUCCCGGUGAAUGACUCCAAGACACUCACCGUAAGGGAUGAUAGUUCUCUGUAUAGAUUUCAGACACCAUGUUAUUGGCCAUGGCAACAUAGAAUCCCCGAUAAUGUGGAAUAUGCUAUUUAUCUGGCUAAAAGAACUCUAAGAAACAAGCAACGACACGCUCUUGAAGAAUAUGAAAUUGAAGCUUUACAAAGUCUACGUAGGAACUUGCAGAACAAGUGGGACAUUAUACAAUUACAAGCCGAAGAACAGGUACGCUUAGCGAAGGAGCGAAAAAAGGGAGAUAAAAUAGUAAGCGAUUCCCAAGAACGAGCAUUUUGGAGAGUUUACAGACCACCACCUGGUUGUCUAAGUAGUCUCGAAGUAGCACCUGUUCCUACGCGUUUUCGCCCUGGACUUUCGCGUCCUCCUUCGCGUAAACGCACUUUGACCGAUCUGCAACGCGAGGUGGCCCUUUUGAGGAACAGUUUAACACGUACAAGAAUAAAAGUUUCGUCUGCGAUCGAAAACUUAAAGUCAUACUUUGAUACAUAUGUGGAAUAUGAUCCAAUGUUUGUGCAGCCACAACCUUCUAAUCCAUGGGUCACCGAGGAUCAAACAUUCUGGCAGUUAAAUAGUCCUCUGGUAGAAGUUCCUACGGAAAAACGCGUCAAGCGCUGGGCACUAUCAAUGGAAGAACUAAUGUCUGAUCCUACUGGUUUGCAAGAGUUCACAAAUUAUUUGAGGAAAGAAUAUAGUCAUGAAAAUAUACGAUUUUGGUUAGCGGUUAAAGAUUUGAGGCAUAGUUUUCAAGCACAAAUACCCGACAAAGUCAACGAAAUUUUCAAAGAAUUCCUGGCACCUGGAGCACCUUGCGAAAUAAAUAUAGAUGGGAAGACAAUGGAAAAAGUACAUCAAGAAAUGAAAAAUCCAAAUCGAUUUACAUUUGAUUGCGCCGCUGAACAUGUGUAUACGUUACUUCUAAAAAAGGAUUGUUAUCCUAGAUUUAUUCGUUCCGAUCAGUAUCGAAAUAUCUUAGCUGCUGGUGUGCAACCUUUGCAAAAAAAAUGGUUUUUUAGCUUUGGCGGGCAAGCUAAAAAGAAAAUUUCUUCGACUUCAACUACAACUUCGACUUCAACUUCAACUUCUACUCCAACGACUACUACCAUUUUACAACAGCAUGCUGUUGGCAGUGGAGGAAGCAGUAGUAAACGCAGGGGAAGCGAUCGGAGUCUCUCUGGAUCUGCUCAUGAGUUGGCCGUCUGUGGUGUUCGAGAUACAACGUCGGUGACUAGAGUGCCGCAUUCUCACAGUCAAUCAAAUCUCACCGAUAUUCCAUAUAGGGGAGAUCUGGCUCGACUUGUAAAGAUUCCAACAAGGCCUAUUCCGCAUAGCGUUCAGGAUGCUGGCACAUCGGAAACAGUAACUCGCCCUAUGGACGAUGUUUGCCCGUGGGACGUAGCUCCAGGACCGAGUAUAGAACGCGUCAUAGAUACCACACAGCUACAUCAUCAAACAUCAUCUGGAAUAAUGUCGUCGGUUGAAAGUCAAGGAGAAGAAGGCAAUAAUUUGAUUGCUCAGUCACAAUCUGUCGAAGUUGUACGUGCAUCUCGGAAAAAUUCUUCGCAAUUGGAUUCCUGUAGUUCUUCAUCUGAUGUCAGUUUAGUGGUAGCAGAGGUCUCUGAUCAUCUUCGAAAGUCUUGUAGUUUGCAACACAGUAGUAGCACAGCUGGUGUGACGACUACCGAACGAAUUGGCAUAACAACGCGAAAUUAUUCCAUCGGCUCGACUAGCGGAAGAGUGAAACUUUCAGAGAUCAGUCGGCCGUUCGCUUCGUCCUGUAAUUAUCCGUCGCCGCAACAUUCGUUCGAGUACUCUCAUGCAACUGACAGGUUGGACAUGUCCAUCACAGGGAAGGGUAUUGCCGAGGUGUCUGAAACUAAUACGAGGUCAAAGUCUCUUGAGAAAGAACUGACGACUAAAUCUUUAACCAAAGCUCCUCUAAUAAGCAUUAGUGCAAUCGUGGGCGAUCUAGCGAGCGAUAUCUCUACAGUUGAAGCCGAGGGGGAAACGAAUGAUAAUCAUGCGAAGAUAAUAAAGGAAGAAGAGACAGAAGUCGAGGAAAGAAAGCAAAAGUUGGAGCCUGAUAAAGGUGAUGCAACGGUGGCAGUUAUCGCCGAAGGAAAUUUGGCAAUUUCUGCUCAGGUAGAAACUGAGACGGAGGAAUCGCUGGAAGAGGCGCAGGUUGUCCCUGUUUGGGAGCCGGACACCCAACAGGACGAUCAAAUAGCGCCCGUUACCCAAUCAGCACCUCAGCAAAAGCGUGACAAUAACGUUAACGAAGUGUGCCCGUGGGAAGACGAUGGUGAUGGCGGUGAUAUCAGUAUUAUGAAUAUAAAAAGACAGUGUUCAUAAACGACAACAAAGUACAACAAACUAUAACGAUCGAUAAUUAUUUUGAUAUUAUUAUUUUGAAGAUGAAUACCGAUAUGCACUGUUGGAUAAAUUUUUACGAAAUAUUUUUUAUAAUUCAUUAUCAUUAUUUUCAGCAGGCACUAAUAUUUUCAAAAAAAUUGACGCAGUAUAUACAAAAUUUCGAAAUAAUAGCUCACUGUUGUAAUUUCUAUUCUAGCUAACAGUAAGUAUCGUUAUUGUUUGUGACGCGAAUUGUCUUGUACGAUAUAAGUAGAGAUUUGAUUGCCGAACGAGUUUCGAGCUAUGUCAAGCUUUCGGGUAAAAACAAGCGCAAAUAAAAUCAAGAAAAAGAAAUAUUACAUUAUUUGAUUGUACGAUUCGGAUUAUGUUGCUCCUCGUACUUUAAUAUUUCCAAAUUACGUACAAAGUGAAACAAUCAGACGUUUGUUUCAUCGAUUUUUAUCUUUCCUCCAUUUUUAGAUUCGCCAAUAGUACAAAUAAAAUUUAAAGUAUAGCGUAAUUUACGGGUAAGCCUGACUCAGAUAAAAUCUAGACCUAGCCCAAACAGUAAAUAACUUUUAAGACUUAUUUGAAUAAAUGAAAUUGCUGUUAGUCAGAAAAUUGAAAUUUAUUCGAUUCGGUUAUCGACUGUUGGAAUUAUACAUAGGUAUUUCGAAGUAAAGUCGAUUAUUAAAAUUAUCACAAUUUUCAUUACUUAUCCUUAUUUAUAUACUGUUACUGUUCUCCGAUACGAUGAUCUCCUCAUAUCUACGACAUCCCUCAAUAUCUACAAUACAACUGUGCUAGAUAAGAGAAUGAGCCGUGUUUACCAGGAAAAGACUGAAAACGUACCUGAAAUUUGCCUCUCCCUUGAAAAUGCAUGUAAAAGGUUCUAAGACUAACUAAGUUUUAGAAUAGCUAGUAUUCUGUCUCAUCGUUUCGAUAAAAAAAAAAGAAAAAAAAAAGUAAAACAAAGUAAUAAUAAAAGAAUACAUCGACAAGGACGAAGAAGAUAAUUAAUUAAGCGACGUAGGUGAGAAAAGAGGUGACCGAUUCAAGAUUUCAGCGAUCCUUGACGUGUCCCGAGAUGUUUCAUCUGUAUUUUGUAUUAGAUCGAUCCAUCGCCAAAUCGUUUUAACGAAUGUGCUAAACAUGCGUAUCUAGUGAAUUAUACUAAUAGAACUGAGAAACUAGCGUAGAGAGAUUCUUACCGCACCGAUAUAAUAACAUUUAUUCAGUAACAUGCUGUUCUUGUAUCAUCGACUCAAAGAGAAAUAUCGUUUCAAUUUCAAUUGGUUUUUCAAUGCACAUUGAUUUUCGUAAAGACGAUUCAAAGAAAGUUACAAUUGGAAGGAAUUUAAGAAAAAAAUGUCGAUAACGAAAUAAAAUUUUCAGAAAUUUUAAGGAAAUACAUUUGCACGAGGCAGAACAGUUGAAGAAAUGCAUCCUGAUAUGUAUGUACAUUUCCUACAUUUGAAAUCUUUGACAAUUGUUUUCGAUUAUGGCGUGAUUCUGUAUCGCAAUAUUUGAUAAUGAACGAAAGGAAAAGAAAGGAAAGGAAAGGAAACGAAAAUAAAAGAAAAGAAAAAAGAAAUACAAUCUUUUUGCAAAGCGCAUUGUCAAUGAAAGAUUUGCGAAUGAAAAGUAGAAACAAAAGCAAAAGGAGAA